UAGCAUGCAAGUUAUUACAAGAAUCAAUCCCAGCCUUUAAUUAACUCAAAAGGAUAUGCACAAGUCUGUCUGCGUGUGUACUAUGCACAUAUGUUCUGCCCUCCAGAACUUGCAUUCCCUGCAAUGCAUUGGUUUGCUCAAGUUUCCUGCUGGAGCGCGGUCAGUUUCAUUCAGUUCCCCGCUAUUAUGAAGGUUCACUUUCUGUUUUCUGAUUUGCUUUUCAGAUAUGUAGUUCCUCCAAUUCCUGUAAAUCCAAUGAGUGAUCUGUAUCCUGGGGCUGGCGCUGGAAUGUAUCCAACAGGGGCUGGCAGAGGUGGGGGCAUGCUUAUAGGGCCUGAUGAUCCUAGCUGGUCUGGUUUAUUUGGAGAUGACCCUGGUUUACUUGGGAGACGACCCGGCGUUCCUCCAGGUGCUCGUUUUGAUCCCUUUGGCCCUCCUGGGGUACCUGGUUUUGAGCCCAAUCGAUUUAUCAGAGGCCCACGAAGGCCUGGGAGCAAUAUUCAUCCAGACCUUUCACCAAUGGGGAGGGAUCCUGAUUUUAUUUAGGCAUGUCCAGGCUGUCUUAUUAUCUUUCCUGUCCCAUUUCUUUUUUGGUUUGUGUGGAUGUGAGAAAUGGUAAGGGGAUAAAAAAAAGGUAGUUAUAAAAGAUAUGCUCCUUGCGGAUAGGGUUUCCUUCCAACUUUCCUGUUUCUAUGCAUGGAACAAAGGACAUUUUGUAUAUUACUAAGUGAGAUUUUGGCAUGUA